GCAGCCGGCUCUCGGGUGUAUUCUGAUAGUUAACUUUGUAGGUUUGAUUUUAUUAAUAGUGCGUAGCAAUAAAACAGACACGACGUAGCGUUUAUUUAUCGUCUUUAAAAUAACAUAGCGUAACUCACCAGUUUAACAAACCGCGCUUAAAGUGGUUAGCAAGGUAAGUUAACGAGGUUGCGCCAUUAAAACAGAACUACCCAGUUUCUUUCUGCAUCGGCUGUCAUGUUGACCUGACUGUUAGAAAGCAACGGCAGUGCUUUGCUGCCGUCUCUUGGAGGUUUUUUUUUUAAGAGACACCAGCAGAUAUAAAGGCAUCCUUGUUAGCCCUUUUGAACAUCAAGCUUUUGCCUUCUCUGUGAGUGAACCAGGCAGCGUGCACUAUGUCCGGCCAGGCGGCGGGAUGCCGGCCCCUACGUUUCGGACAGGUGGUCAUAGGACCCCCCGGGUCCGGUAAAACCACAUAUUGCCAGGGAAUGCAGGAGUUCAUGUCUCACCUGGGACGCAAAGUGGUCGUAGUGAACAUGGACCCCGCCAACGAGGGCCUGCCAUAUCCCUGUGCCGUGAACAUAUCAGAGCUGGUCACCCUCGAUGACGUGAUGGAGGGCUUGAAGCUGGGGCCAAACGGCGGCCUCCUGUAUUGUAUGGAAUACUUGGAGGCAAAUCUGCACUGGUUGGAGAGUAAGAUGAAGCAGCACAGUGACUGUUACUUCCUGUUCGACUGCCCUGGACAGGUGGAGCUCUACACUCACCAGAGUUCUGUCAAAAACAUCUUCUCGCAGUUGGACAAGUGGAAUUUCAGGCUGGCUGCAGUGCACCUUGUGGAUUCACAUUACUGUGCAGACCCAGCCAAGUUUAUCUCAGUGCUGUGCACAUCCCUGUCCACAAUGCUGCAUGUGGAGCUUCCUCAUAUCAAUGUCCUCUCCAAGAUGGACCUGAUUGAGCAGUAUGGCAAACUGGCCUUCAAUCUGGACUUUUACACGGAGGUGAUGGACCUGACUUAUCUUCUGGAUCACCUAGCUGCAGACCCCUUCUUCAAGAAAUUCCACCAACUUAAUGAGAAAUUGGCUGAGGUCAUUCAAGAUUACAGCCUUGUCUCAUUUGUUCCUCUAAAUGUGCAGGACAAAGAGAGCAUGACUCAGGUCUUACGGGCAGUGGACAAGGCCAAUGGCUACUGCUUUGGAGACCUGGAGGAGAGGAAUCUGCAGGCCAUGAUGUCAGCUGCUGUGGGGGCAGACUUCCAGUUUAACUCGACUCUGGGAGUGCAAGAGAGGUAUGUUGAAACAGGUGAAAAGACCAUGGAGGAGGAAGUGAUGGACCUGUGAAUUACAAAAUUCAAAUGAAUGCACAUAAGAGAGGCCUUUUUAGCUUUGGUUUUACCAGAGGAUUCUUGGCAACACUCUUCCGAAUCAACCAGAAUUUCUCAAGAGUUUGUACAAAAAGCUUUGAGGAGAUGGGGAACCAAAUUCAGGCACUGCGGGCCCUUAAAGGCUACACCAGACCUUGUAAAAAAAUAACAGUAAAGCACAUGCUGUCCUUUUUUCCUGACUGAAUAAGCCAACAAAGUACACCCAAGACAGAAGGGCAUGGCUUCCAAUUUUUCUACCAUGGUCCUCAGAUGAGAGCAUGGAUAUGGUCGAUAAAACACAACACAUUUUGAUUAAAAAAAAAAAGACAGAUUUACAGUUGUAAAGCUAAGUUAUUGUUUAAUCAGGGCCAAUAUUUUCAAGUCGGCUCAAAGGAAGUAAACCCCCCCUUUUUCUCCCCAGUUGUAUCCGGCCAAUUACCCCACUCUUCCGAGCCGUCCCAGUCGCUGCUCCACCUCCUCUGCUGAUCUGGGGAGGGCUGCAGACUACCACAUGCCUCCUCUGAUACAUGUGGAGUCACCAGCUGCUUCUUUUCACCUGACAGUGAGGAGUUUCGCCAGGGGGAUGUAGUGCAUGGGAGGAUCACGCUAUUCCCCCCAGUUCCCCCUCCCCCCUGAACAGGCACCCCGACCAACCAGAGGAGGCGCUAGUGCAGCGACCAGGACACAUACCUACAUCCGGUUUCCCACCCACAGACACGGUCAGUGUCAGUAGGGAUGCCCGACCAAGCCGGAGGUAACACAAGGAUUCGAAAUGGCGAUCCCUGUGUUGGUAGGCAACAGAAUAGACCGCUGCGCUACCCGGAUGCCCCUAGGAAGUAUAUUCAUAUGGCCCACAACCUGGUUAAUAUAAAAUGACACCAUGUUGCUUGUGAAUAUAGUCAGUGCUUUUUUUUUUAGCUUACAAAAACCUAUAUUGU